AUGGCACAAGCUGUCACUUCUGGUUUGAUGAUUGAUUGGGGGCAGAUAAGUAGGCGCUUUCAAGAGUUACGUAACAGCAUUCUGGCUAUAGAUGCUCCUCAGCCUGAGAGCGGAAGAGAUGUAAUGCUUUGGAGACACGAGGUUGAUGACUACAGAGAUACUUUUUCUUCAUCCAAAACUUGGGAUCAACUGAGAUUGAAGCGCAAUAAGGUGGGAUGGUAUAGAGUGGUUUGGUUCCCACAAGGAGUUCCCCGCUACUUUUUUAUCACUUGGCUGGCCAUUAAGAAUAGGCUUUCUACGGGUGAUCGUAUGAGACACUGGGGAAUGAUUCAAGGAUGUGAACUGUUUGGAGAAAGAGAUGAGAUAAGAGACCAUAUGUACUUUUCAUGUCCCUAUUCCUACACGAUAUGGGAGGCUCCUGCUCAUAAACUUGUGGGUUCUUGUGUUAGCCCAGACUGGCAGUGGACAUUGCAGCGUCUGUCUACAGGCAAUGGGCACUAA